AUACACAUAGCGCCACUUUGCCACAUCCACUAUGGCGACAACUUACAGGCGUGGCUAUCUCACGACGCAGUUCUGUCAAUUUACACAUGGGCAGUCGUGUCCCAUCGAACAGCCUUUCAUAUGCUGCACGUGUAAAGACAAGGAUCCAAACGAGCAUAAACACGCAGCUCUUCCUGCGUGCCCAGAACACUCACACCCUUGAGGUGACAGGACAGGAGACUGUAGGCCAGAUUAAGGCUCAUGUCCAGACUCUGGAGGGUCUUCUGGUGGAGAAUCAGGUAGUGCUACUUGCAGGUUGCCCGCUAGAAGACGAUGCUUCCCUGGCAUCAUGCGGCGUUUCCGAGCACUGCACCUUGGAGGUAGCCGCCAGGCUUCUGGGAGGUAAGGUCCACGGCUCUCUGGCCCGUGCUGGAAAAGUGAGGGGCCAGACUCCCAAGGUGGACAAGCAGGAGGAGAAGAAGAAGAAAAAGACCGGCCGUGCCAAGCGUCAGACCCAAUACAACCGUCGCUUCGGCAACGUGGUGCCCACAUUCGGGAAGAAGGGACCCAACGCCAACUCCUGACUCUGACAGUCUCUGCACUCUCUCGCUGGCAAAAAGCUGCUUUGUUACCAUAGCAUCAACUCCCACUUUUGAUACUGUCAUCUCAAGUAGGAUAUGGUAGCCUUGAUACAAUAUGUUCCCUAUUUCCAUUAAAAUAGUUGUCCAAGAG